GACAUAAGCAAAGGCAUGAACGCUUGCCCUGCACACAGUGACACUGGGGGGAGGCAUUUGGGCCUCAGGGCUGCAAGGGCAGGGAAGUCUGGAUAUUCGAUAACAACCAGGGACAUGGAAGAAUGUGAACUCCCAGAGUUUUUCCUGAGAUGAAAAAGAAAGUCCCAUGGAAAAGGGGGACCCACCAUGCAGUGCUUCAAGUUCCUUAAGGUCAUGAUGUUCCUCUUCAAUCUAAUCAUCUUUCUGUGCGGUGCAGCCCUGUUGGCUGUGGGGAUCUGGGUGUCCGUGGACGGGCCGUCCUUCCUGAAGAUCUUUGGGCCACUGUCAUCAAGUGCCAUGCAGUUCGUCAACGUGGGCUACUUCCUCAUCGCGGCCGGUGCUGUCCUCUUUAUCCUUGGUUUCCUGGGCUGCUACGGUGCUCACUCGGAGAGCAAGUGUGCGCUCAUGAUGUUCUUUGUCAUCCUCCUCAUCAUCUUCAUCGCCGAGCUCGCAGCGGCUGUGGUUGCUUUGGUGUAUACCACAAUGGCAGAACAGUUCCUGACGUUGCUGGUGGUGCCUGCCAUCAAGAAAGACUACGGUUCCCAGACUGAAUUCACCCAAGUGUGGAACUCUACCAUGGACGGGUUGAAGUGCUGUGGUUUCAAUAACUAUACAGAUUUUAACGGCUCACGUUUCGUCGAAGAGAAUAAGGUCUUUCCUUCUUACUGCUGUGGCAAGCCUAGCAAUAGCACCGAGGGACCGUGCACUGAGGAUAAGGCCAGAAAUGAACCAGUACAGGGUUGUUUCAAACAGCUUCUGCAUGACAUCAGAACCAAUGCGAUCACUGUGGGUGGUGUGGCAGUUGGAAUUGCGGCCCUGGAGCUGGCUGCCAUGAUUGUAUCCAUGUAUCUCUACUGCAAUCUGAAAUAAGACUGCGUCUACCUCCCCACUUGCUGCUGCCACAUGGAAACCAGGAAGAGGCACUUGGCACAGCUAGGCAGCGGUGACCUGGGUGGAGAUGAAAUCUAACAACGUCAUUUGGGCUGAAAGUGGAUUUGCCUUUGCUUGCUCUGGACUUUGGGCUAAAUAGGGACCACCUCUUCCGGGCUGUGUGUCUGUCUCGUCCUUUUACUGGUGGGGCUGGGGAAACAUCUGUUCCAGAGUUUCUGAAGCAGCCCCUUCUGCCCAUCUCCUUAGUCUUUUCUUCAACCCUCGACACUCCCUUAAUAUAAAAGUGGCUCUUGAUGAUCCCAGCGCUCCACUGGUGGAUGAAGGCACUUAUAGCCUGGGCAUAUUCAAGUCCAGCAAGGUCAUAGGAUGGAUGUGUAGAAGGCAUUUUGGAACCUAUAAACCAAUGAAAACAUUUCUA